CUCUUUCUGUACUCAGUAGUCAGAGGAGAGCCGCGCUCCUGCGGGAAGCGGAGACACGGAGUCACACCCUGAUUCCACUGGAGCUCUGUGUUCACACAAGACCGUCAGCGGAGAACUGUGUGCUGGAUUUAAUAGCUAAUACUGAGCAAUUGUAUGUAGAAGUUAGUUAGCGUGCUGUGUUAGCUGUGCGGAAAAGCGUCCACAGAAACCAUGAACAUCCCGUCCCAGACUACUUUGUUGGGGGACAGAUAACGUUAGCCGGUUAGCUCGCAGGCUAGAAGUGUGUGUGUAGAGGGGGUUGAGUGUGUGUACAGGGGGGUGAGGCCGGGCAGGGCUCCGUUACUUUCGGCUACAGUGUGUUAGUGAGAUACAGCGGCCUGUUAUGAACAGCGCUACACCGAUGUACACGUUUGUUCUGCGGGAUGACAACAGCAGCGUGUACGCUGAGGUCGCCAGACUCCUCACAGCUACCGGGAAAUGGAAACGCCUGAAAAAGGAUAAUCCGAGAUUCAACCUGAUGCUGGGAGAGAGGAACCGGCUACCCUUCGGACGCCUAGGUCAUGAGCCAGGACUUAUGCAGCUGGUGAACUAUUACAGAGGGGCGGACAAGCUUUGUCGCAAAGCAUCUCUAGUAAAGUUAAUAAAAACAAGCCCAGAGCUGAAAGACUCAUGUAACUGGUUCCCUGAGUCAUAUAUUAUAUAUCCAACCAAUCUAAACACACCUGUGGCUCCUGCUACCAAUGGUAUCAGUCAUCUGAAAAGCAACCCCAAGACGGAUGAGCGUGAGGUCUUCCUCGCCUCCUAUCAUUCCAGAAAGGAAAAUGGAGAAGGAACAGUGUGGAUUGCUAAAUCAUCAGCUGGAGCAAAAGGGGCUGGAAUCUUAAUAUCUCACGAUGCAAACCAGUUGCUUGAGUUUAUUGAUAAUCAGGGACAAGUUCAUGUAAUUCAAAAGUACCUGGAGCGACCACUGCUGUUGGAACCAGGUCAUCGCAAAUUUGAUAUAAGGAGCUGGGUGCUUGUAGACCAUCAGUACAACAUCUACCUGUACCGAGAGGGUGUGCUGAGAACGUCCUCAGAACCAUACAAUAGCUCUGACCUCCAGGACAUGACCAGCCACCUGACCAACCAUUGCAUCCAGAAGGAGCACUCUCAGAACUACGGGCGCUAUGAGGAGGGCAAUGAGAUGUUCUUUGAUGAGUUCAGGCAGUACCUGCUGAGUGUUCACAAUAUUGCCAUGGAAACCUCCAUCUUACCUCAAAUCAAGCAGAUAAUAAGAAGUUGCCUCACGUGCAUUGAACCAGCCAUCAGCACCAAGCAUCUGUCCUACCAGAGUUUCCAGCUCUUCGGCUUUGACUUCAUGCUGGAUGAGAACUUUAAAGUGUGGCUGAUUGAAAUCAAUGGAGCACCUGCCUGUGCACAGAAACUCUACCCAGAGCUGUGUCAGGGUAUUGUAGAUGUGGCCAUUUCCACUGUCUUCUCUCUGAAUGCAGAUGCCCUCUCCUCCUCUCCGCCUUUUUCCACCUCUCCAUCUCUCUCCUCUAACUCAUGCUCUUCACCAAAACUCAGAGCACCACACCAGAUUGGCCCAUUCCUCAAACUGUAAACACAGGGUAAUGUAUCCCUGUGGAACACCUCCAUCCAAAGCACCUGCUGCCUGUCGUUUCUUCAAGGAGACCCUCUGGUCUUUCACGGUGGAAUAGCCUGCCUUUUGAACUGUCUGCAGCUAAGAAGGGAUGCACUGUGUAGAUGGAGUGGUGGGUAAUGAUUGAAAUUUGCACUCAUGUCUGUUUCUGUCUGUCAUCUAUGAAAAAUGCUUAUGACUGAUGUAGUCAGUCAGUGUGAUGAUUGAAGGUAAAAGAGAGGUCUGCACAUUUGCAACAUGAUCUGUUUGUCUGCUCUUCUACAUUAUAAGGAUAAUUGCAGCAGUAUGUUGAGCUUUUUUAGCCUGACUGGCUGCUAAGUAUUGCCAGGGCUCUACCAGAGGUCUACUGAAGUUUGGUCACAAGGGAGUCGGUUUUAGUAGAACCAGUUUUAAUAGAAGCUGACUAAAGCUGAGAUGGUAACACUUGGAGGGUUGGAGCGAUGUAGAAUUAUUUGGAAAGGCAAAAGUUUAAUUUAUUAUGAUCAGAACAUCAUGUUUUCGACAAUAUUUUGUCCCAGAAUUAAUUGCAAUCCAUUUUAAGAGAACCGAUUAAAAAAACACAAUGGCAUAAUUUACACAAUACUUAUUACGAACAUUCUGAUAUUGGAAUUGGAAUAUAGAAAUAUUCCAAUGUUCCACAUAACCAUUUUAAAUUCUAUACACCAUAAUAUGCUCUUCUUGCUAAAUCAACACAAUGGGCAAUAUUGAGGUCAGCAAAAGUUAUUGAGGUGAUGUCCGUUUAUUGUCUGAAAAGUUGAAUUAUUAAAGUUAUGUAAUUAUUGUGACAGGCCUAUGCUCAGCAAGACUCCUCAGGACUGGCUGUGGCACCUUGAUAUAAUGUAGGAUGGGUAUGAAUUUAGUUUCUGUAAUUGUUUAGUGCCUUACAUAUUAACACAACCGCUUCCCAUUAAGCACAAAGCAAGAAUUUCUGAAACAUCAUGCAAGGACUAUCUCUCAGUCUGUUAUCAGAGAGCAUAACGCACAUUGAAGGUUCACUAUUUCAGCAAUUCUUGAUUUGGCUGUUCUGUAGUGUAUUUGUAAGCCAGUGUAAUUUCCUAUAGAUUUCAGGAGCCUAUGUGCAUUCUUAAGUUGAUCCUUUUGCCUCCACACUGUGUGCGACAGGUUUGGUCAGUUCACAUUUAAUAUCUUUAUAGUUUCAGACAGUUAUUAUUUCAGACAAAGCAUUGAUGUAUGUUGUUUAUAAACAAAUGUAGUUUGUGUGUGUUUAUAGUAGUGUGCUUUUAAUUUAGCUGAUUAUAUAGAACCAUAGUCAUCUAAUUUCAUUCAUGUUGUUUUGUUUAUUUUAAUCAUAACUCGAAACUCGAUUCUAUAGUCUGUUACUAAAGUAACUGAACCCCAUAUACAUAAGUAGCUGGUCGACAUUUUCUGUGAUAGCAUCUAGAAUCCAUCACAUUUUAAUUCUACCUCCAUUGUAAUUCAUGGGAAUUCUUUUUUAUGAUACGAUCACUUUUAAAGACUUCAGUUUCCCAGUUUCUUAACAUUCAUAUCACUCUUCAUAUUAUUGAGAAACUUGAAUUUCCAUAUGUUGAAGUAGAGCAUGUUCAAUUAAAAGCAUGUUAAUGUAAAAAGGUCUGUUCUAUACGUAGAACACAGCAAGCAAAGAAGAGCAUUUUGAUAUCUUUGGUUAAAUGCUUGUUUUUUUUUUAGCUUAGUUGGUUGUUCAUUUUAAUUUCUCUCUUUUUAAUAGUUAUCAUGCGUAUAAAGUAUUUGUUCUCUGUGUUUAUUGCCCCUACCAAGAAAGAUGUCUCUUUUUGUCUUUUGAAGCUGAAAAAACGCAACCUUCUGAAGAUUUUUGACACUUCUGAAGAUGGCUCAGCUGCAGUGGCCUUUAUAAUAGUGUGUUGUAGUGUAGUGUGGGUGAUAUUGAUUCAGAUGUGUUUGUGGUAAAGAAAGAAAGAGAGAGAGAGAGAGGGGUAGGGAGUUUAUUUUGAUUUGUAACAUACAUUUAAGCUGUAGCAGUGUUUCAGUUGAAUGAAACCAUCUAAGUUAUUGCACUCAAACUCCCUGUUCUGACAUUGUGGUAUUUGACCCUAAAUUACUACUGAAGAUUUUGCUAGAUUGCUAAUUCAGAACAAGUCGUCAGCUUCUGAUUAAAGGGAGGAGACUGGAGAGAGGGGAGAGAAGAAGAAAACCUUUUGGGAUUCAGUUCAGGCAGUUUCUGCUUGUCAUAGAAGUCUGGUCCCCCCCCCUUUCUCUGAUAGUCAGGAAAGAGCGAUGACCGAGUUAAAGGGACAGAACUGGGUGGUGAAGGGUUACAAAGACUCAUCACGUACAUGUAAGAAAGAUUGUAUUUUAUGGGAUGCUAGAUUAAGAGGCUUCAUGCACAUACCUCCCAAAAUGUAGUUAUUUUUCAUAUAGUAAGAGAGAAGGGCUUGAAGGACUGAAAACCUUUUGAUGUGGUGUUAUAAACCUGGCAUGCUGCAGCCAAUAUACAAAUUUAUUAGCUUCUAUGCGAAGUCAAAAAUGAACUAAUGUUGGAUAAAAUGUGUAGAAAAUAAUUAAACAUAAUAAUAUACCAUUUACAUAAUAUCACAUAAAUUAAAGGGAGCUUUUAUGUCUAGAUCCAUUAUAUCUAGAUCAUCAUAUCAGUGUUAUAUUAUUUGGGAACUGUUAAAAUGCUUUAUAUUAGUAUUAUAACUUCCAUCCAUUCAUGUUUCUAGGAAAAAAAGAGUCUUUCCAUUAAAGGGAAAGGGUGCCUUAAAAUACCUGUAACAAGGAACUGUUCUGAGGAUUAUUAUAUACUGCUUGGUUUUCUUCUGGUCUUGUUAUUUAUUGUUUUAUCAGUCGUCAUGUUCUUUUCCUUUUACUUUCUCAGACAAGCAGUUUGCAAUAUGUUUUUUUUUUUAACUUGAUUGUAAAAAUGGUCAUUAUAGAAAUGAAAAAUGAAAAGUUGCAGCCCGCCCCGAUCUGAGCUACAGUCUUGCAGCGACAUUUCAACUCUUACCAAAGAGAAAUGGAACUGUUUUUAUGUUUCAUUUGUGUUUGAACAUUGCUAGUAUGUUUAGACUGCUUGCAAAGUCCAGCUUUGUGGCAUGAUGUAAUAAUGUUUACUGUUAUUGGUUACCUGAAAUGAAGAAAACUGUUAAAAUGAUUUACAUUGCGUUUUUUAUUCCUUGUAUGCUGAUAAGUCAUGUAAGUUUACAUGUGUUUGUGUAAUGUUUUCUAUGUUUUAUAUUUUGUUCUUAUUAGAAUUAAUCUUAUUGUGUUCUGAACUCUAGAGAAAAUCCAUGGCUUUCAAAAACCCUGUUUCAGGUUUGUGCUCAGCAUGUUGGCCCACCUAUACCCAGAAAAACAAAAAAUCUUUCAGACCCCCUACAUUUUCUGCUGUUUCUUACAGAUAGCAUACAUGAAAACCUCUGAAAUGUAUUUGUGUAUCGUCACCAUAUCUGUGUGUUUUCAUGUGUGACACGACAAGCAUAAUUUUCUCUUUUGUAAGGCUUUGUGCAUGCUCAGUUUGGUGUCUGUGUUAGCAAUCAUAUCAUGAUAAAUAAAAUUAGUUUUCAAGUUUU